CCUUUCCUUUCCUGUGAAGAUGGCCGAGUACGACCUGACCACGAAGAUAGCGCAUUUCUUGGAUCGGCACUUGGUAUUCCCUUUGCUAGAGUUCCUGUCUGUCAAAGAGAUCUACAAUGAAAAGGAACUCCUGCAAGGAAAGUUGGAUCUUCUCAGUGACACCAACAUGGUGGACUUUGCCAUGGAUGUGUACAAAAACUUGUACGCAGACAAGGAAAUCCCUCACACAUUGAGAGAAAAGAGAACUACAGUUGUGGCACAGCUGAAGCAGCUGCAGUCAGAAACAGAACCCAUUGUGAAGAUGUUUGAAGAUCCAGAAACUACAAGACAGAUGCAGUCCACCAGGGAUGGACGAAUGCUGUUUGACUACUUGGCUGAGAAGCAUGCUUUCCGACAAGAAUAUUUGGAUACUCUGUACAGAUAUGCCAAGUUCCAGUAUGAGUGCGGCAACUACUCAGGAGCUGCUGAAUACCUUUAUUUCUUCCGCGUUUUGGUUCCGUCUACAGACAGAAAUGCUUUGAGUUCUUUGUGGGGUAAGCUGGCGUCUGAAAUACUGAUGCAGAACUGGGAAGCUGCUAUGGAAGAUCUCACCAGAUUGAAGGAGACGAUUGAUAACAAUUCUGUCAGCUCUCCACUCCAGUCUCUUCAGCAAAGGACCUGGCUGAUCCAUUGGUCACUUUUUGUUUUCUUCAACCAUCCCAAGGGCAGAGACAACAUCAUUGAACUCUUCCUUUACCAGCCACAGUACCUAAAUGCCAUCCAGACAAUGUGCCCUCACAUCCUUCGGUACUUGACAACAGCUGUCAUCACGAACAAGGAUGUACGAAAACGCAGACAAGUCCUGAAAGAUUUGGUUAAAGUUAUUCAGCAGGAGUCCUAUACUUACAAGGAUCCCAUUACUGAGUUUGUGGAAUGCCUCUAUGUGAACUUUGACUUUGACAGUGCCCAGAAGAAACUCAGGGAGUGCGAAUCGGUCCUUGUAAAUGACUUCUUCUUGGUGGCUUGUCUUGAAGACUUCAUUGAAAAUGCUCGACUCUUUAUUUUUGAGACUUUUUGCCGUAUCCACCAGUGUAUCAGCAUCAGCAUGCUGGCAGACAAAUUGAACAUGACACCUGAAGAGGCUGAGAGAUGGAUAGUUAACCUAAUUCGCAACGCUAGGCUAGAUGCAAAAAUAGAUUCAAAACUGGGUCAUGUUGUUAUGGGCAACAAUGCUGUAUCACCCUACCAGCAAGUGAUUGAAAAGACAAAGAGCCUUUCUUUCCGCAGUCAGAUGUUGGCAAUGAACAUUGAGAAAAAAAUUAACCAUAACAACCGGAAUGAGACGCCCAACUGGGCUGCUCAAGAUUCAGGAUUUUAAUAAAAAAAAUCUGAAAUGUUUAAAAAGUGGUACAUUAGCCACAAGGUAAUCUUAGUGUUCUUUUUUUUUUCUUCCAAAUUUCAGUUCUUAUACUGCAUCUGUUUUUAGAAAGGACCAUGUCUUGCAUUCAACAAAUUACUGUCAAUAAAAAGAGUCAACAGAA